GCUUGGAGACAGUAUGUUAUAAUGUGUUGUGAAGACGGGUGCGGUGCCAAACUGGAAAAUGGUACUUCAUGUGCGUUAUUUGACGGGAACAGAGUCAGAUGAUCAUGGACCACACCGUUACGCUAUGGGACAUUGUACCUCCGAGAAGCAGCAAAGCAGGAGACGCCAAGAUUAUGAUUUCUUUACCAAUUAAUUCGUAAUUAAUUUGAUUACUGUUAUGAGAACAGUCAAACUUGUUCUCAUUAAUCCAUAAUAUUCUUGCAUCGGUAAAUGGUGACAUAUAAUUGCUGAAGACGUUGACAGACUGGACCAGGACUUGAUGAUGCCAGGCAAUGGGAGUUCCGAGGCGGGAUGCAGCAGGACAGCAUCAGGCAGCUACUCCAACACCACCUGCGGCCAGACGGAGCUGUCCGUCACCGCCUCCAUCAUUUCCAUGACCGUGGGCAUCUUCUCCAACAUCCUGGCUCUCUGCAUCCUGGUCAAAGCCUACCGCCGCUUUCGCCUCAAGACCAAGGCCUCCUUCCUGCUGUUCGCCAGCGGCCUGGUGGGCACCGAUCUCCUGGGCCACCUCAUUAACGGCUCCCUGGUGCUAUAUGUCUACGCUUGUAACAAGGAGUGGGAAGCCUUUGACCCGCACCACAUACUGUGCAGUCUCUUCGGGGUGUCCAUGGUGUUUUUCGGUCUGAGCCCCCUGCUCCUGGGUAGCCUAAUGGCGGUGGAACGCUGCAUUGGUGUCACCAGGCCCCUGUUCCACUCCACAGCCCUUGCCGCCCACCACAUGAAGAGGCUGCUGGGGCUGACCUGGCUGUUAGCUGCCCUGGUGGCUCUGCUACCUGUGCUGCUGUGGAGGCCCUACAAGGUGCAGCGCUCCCAGAGCUGGUGUUUCUUCCGCAUGGAGGGGCCCCGCAACUGGCUGGACGUGGUCCUCCCGCUGAUCUUCUCUACACUGGGCCUCCUGGCUCUGCUGGUGUCCAUUGUGUGCAACACACUGACCAGCUGCACCCUACUGCAGUCCAAGCUGCGCUGCCACCGCCAACGUCGCCGCAAGGACACCUCCCACCACUUUGAGAUGAUAUGCCAGCUCAUAACCAUCAUGCUUGUGUCCUGUGUGUGCUGGGGCCCUUUAUUGGUUAACGUCAUCAUACUGAGCACCCAGGUCCAGGGCGAGCGUGCGUUUGCCCGCCUGCUGCUGUCAAUCCGCAUGGCCACCUGGAACCAGAUCCUGGACCCCUGGAUCUACAUCCUCCUGAGAAAGGCCAUCCUCAAGAAGCUCUUCCUGCUGGUGCACAGCUGCUGGAGCACCAAGUCCCACUCCCACCCCCUCAACCGCUGGAAGUGCAGCCCAGUGAAAGGCUCUGGGGAGAACAGCGGCACCUCCAUCAGCACUAAACCAGAAUUCUUCUGUUUGGAUGGAAAUGUUGGAGGCCUACCAGACACAAUAAUUAAGCCCAUCACUUGAACCCCUGGAUGGGGCAUCUGAUCUGAGAGACCCUGGGUCCCAGGUGGAGUGUUUGCAGGCAGCACCUGUAGCACAUUGAUGAAUAGAUGGAGUAAGCGAUAAGCUAAGGAACCAGAUAAGAUUUUUUUUAGGAAGAGCAUAUGAAGGAUCAUUCAAAGUAUUAUAAACUGGGUAGUUCGAGCCCUGAAUGCUGAUUGGCUGACAGCUGUGGUAUAUGAGACCGUAUACAACGGGUAUGACAAAACAUUUAUUUUUAUUGCUCUAAUUACGCUAGUAACUAGUUUCUAAUAGCAAUAUGGCACCUUGAGGGUUUGUGGUAUAUGGCCAGUAUACCAUGGCUAAGGGCUGUGUCCAGGCACUCCACAUUGCAUCUUGCCUAAGAACAGCCCUUAGCCAUGGUAUAUUGGCCAUAUACCACACUUCCUCAGGCCUUAUCGCUUAAUUGUACACUCGUGAGGUGUACAGACACUGGUAAUAGGUGUGUUGGUCAUAAUUGACAAUGACACACAGGACUAAGAUGGACCCUGGAGUUAGUUAGCCCCAGUUACUGAUAUGUCUGUCUAACCUAUAACUGACCUUGAAAGGAUGAACUCUGCAAUCAGCACUACAUGUCAAUGUUGUCUUCUUGAUUCUUCUCUGUGACAGUUAUGGAGUAUAAACCCAGCUGCUCAGAACUAAAGACAUCUGUAGCUCUGGAGUUCCUCACAGCACUCGAAGAUUGUGCAGAAUGACAAGACCAUUUGAUUGUUUUCAGCUCCCCAUCAGUCAGUGAGUGAGUGCCAGGCAAUCUGAAUUAUCACCCCAGCAGGUGGUCCUCCGGUAAAAUUAAUUGUUCUCUUGUUUCACUAUCUUCUGGAGUCCCAAUAUGGCAGGUAUGACGUAAUUUCCACGUAGAUUGAUUUGUUUUGGAUUCUGAAGAGACUCUUCUGGCUGGCCUGGCUGUUGAAGUUGCUGUUGUGUUUGGCAGAUGGUUGGUAUACCUCUUUGACCUUCUGCGGUGCUAUGGACUGAUGAAAAAUGACUUUUUGACACAUUUUAUAUUUAUGUGUCUGUCUGUCCAUGUUGAGAGUACAUUUUGUUCACAAGUUUUCUGUAUUAAAACAUUUUCUGAAGUCAUUCUCUCACCAUGGGUGUUCAGACUGUUCACCAUUUACAGCACAGUAACUCAGUUAAGCUCAUCUGAUGAGCUGAUCACCUCUAUCCUUUCAGUGGUUUUAAAAUGACUCAGCAUGAUCAUUUUAAUUUAACAGUGCUUUCUUAUAUGAUAUACUGUGUGUUGAAGUAACAUUACCUAUCUAUGGACUAUGUAUACAGGUCCUUAUAAACCAUUUCCUAAUCAUAAAUUACAUAUUUUUGCAUGGCCUCAUCUAAAAUAAAAUGUGAGCUAUCUAUGCUUUAGAAAUACUUUAUAAAUGUUUUGAGUGACCAGUGUAAUUUCUAACAAAAAGAUGAACAUGCCAUUGGUAGACAUUCCAGCGGUACCUGAUGCUCCAUAAGGUCUCAAAAUGGCCCCUAGAACAUAUAAAGGGUUAAAGAAUAAGGAAAUAUAUUGAACAUUUUAUUCACAAAAACUGUUGUGAAACAACUGUUACAAAGGGCUUGAGGAAGAGCUGUAAUGUGAAUGUUCUGCUAGGGUUGUGAACCUGGAGAAUAUGAACUGAUCAUAAAACAUGGAGAUGUAGACGACACACAACAGCUGGCUGGACCAGACAGUUGUUCUCUAGUUGAUUUUUAUUACUUAAUUAUUACUGAUAUUUGAUUGAGGUAACCGUGUUACAUGUAUGAUUUGCAGGUAGAAAUUGUAUAUGUAUAAACUUUAAAUGUUUCCAGUGCUUCAGUCUUUUAACUGCAGACUAUUUUCACACAUGGCUUUGUUUGGUGUCACCUCUACUGGACCUUUAAAUAUAGUAACUCUCUAAACGUAGGGUAGCGUGGGGUAACUAGCUCUCCGGGGCUAGUUUAGUUACUAGUAACUAGUUAUCAACUAGCUCUCAGAUAUCAUAUUAAAAACGGCUAACAUUUGCCUCCACCUAUGGCAAAAUUGCAGAAUUGCAGGAAUUUAACUUUAAAACGUAACUUUGAAAGGGGGGGUGGAUGUGGGUACGCAUGAGUUCCAUUUUUUUGUGCCCCCACCCCCAUCAAAGUUGCCCAUCCCUGAUCUACGCUGAUUGAAGUGGAUUUAACAGGUGACAUCAAUAAGGGAUCAUAGCGUUCACCUGGAUUCACCUAGUCAGUCUGUGUCAUGGAAAGAGCAGGUGUUCCUAAUGUUUUGUACACUCAGUGUAUACUAGAUUACUAGCAUUUACAAUGUGGGAGGAAAGGUUAGCAAAUGAUGAUUAAACUAUUUAUUAAGCCAGUAUACAUGCUUUAUUACGUGGAGUUAUUAUAAUGUAAAGUGCUACUAUUUGUUUUACUUCUGAAACAGAACAAAGAGAACUAUGUUGUGUCUGUGUCAACCAUCAUGCCAACAAUAUGCAUGCCAAAGACCUGCAAGAGUGAAAAACGAUGAUGUAUGUAAAUUAAAACACAUUGAUAUUGUAUUGUUGUAUCGUAAGCACAUCAUUUUAACCUCCAUAUCUGCUCUUUUCUACUUGAAAAACGAUAUAGGCUACCACUUCAUUUGCGCAAUGAUCUCCUUCAGUAUAAACUAAAUUAUAUAAAUUUUUCUACACAUUGUCAUUGCCAUUUAUGUUCAAACUGUGAAGGAUUUUGGAGGUGGGCCUAGGCUAU